ACGUCAAGCACGGGGUGAUUCAUUCUCGUACGUCUGCAGCUUUCCCUCUCUCUCUCUCUCUCACUCUUAUCCUCUCUGUCUCUCUUCUCGUGUGUUGUUAUCGUUGCAUUCGCAGCGCGAGUGUCGCGGGUCCAAGCCGCAGUGCGAAUUCGCAAUUGUCAGAUUAACAUUCGUGUGUGUAUUCGAUAAGAAUACAAGAAGCUAUCACGGAUGUAAACAUAAAAAAAAGAAAAAACCAAUCGAGAGAAUCUCUCGCGUCGAAGACCAAUUGUGCUUUCACGCGCUAGUGGUAAUGCGUAUGUUUGUGCAGUUAUGAAUGAUUCCAGUGGUUGAUCCGCGAGCUGGAUUGCGUUGCGAGUGAUAAAAAGAAAAAAAAAACAUCGUACCGCAGCAAUGUCGCCGGCGAUACCGUUUCUGCUGUUAAUGCUACUACUACUGAGCCUCGUCGCUGGCUCUGCUCUUGCGGACAAUUUAGCUCUGUUGUCAGGAACGUUAAAAACAUAUCAGCGAGCCUUGUGCAACGAGGAAUGGAUGACUCUCAACUGUCCUCUUGGUACGGCGAUUCUCGUCACAGUUGCGAGAUAUGGUCGUGCUAGUCUAGAUUCGGCCGGUAAAUGCAGCACCAAUGAUCAUUCCUUCGUCGACAACCAGCUCAACACGACUUGUCAUUGGCCUAGUGCUCUGCAGCAUUCACUGUUACAGACGGUAGUCGAAGUUUGUCAGAAGAAACGCCAAUGUACAUUCAACACGAGCCCGAAAAUGGGCGACCCAUGUCCAGACAAGCCAAAGUUCAUCGAGGUAGUCUACAAAUGCCGUCCUUAUGAAUUCAGGAGUAAAGUGGCAUGUGAAAAUGACGCCAUCAAUCUCUCGUGCUUUCCGAACUACAGGAUCGCCAUUUACAGUGCCUCCUUCGGUAGAACCGAAUACGAGUCGCUACAGUGUCCGCAACCCAAUGGCGUCAAGGACGAAACGUGUUUAGCAAGCCACGCGACCGAGAGGCUGAUCGAUCUGUGCCAUGGUCGACGGCACUGUUCCAUCGCAGCUAAUAGUACGACAUUCGGUGAUCCCUGUCGACCGGAAAGUCGUACUUAUCUCAAAGUCGUCUAUACCUGUGUAUGGCGUUCAGUGUUGCGCGAGCAGUAUGAAAAGGGUGAGUUAGAACCGGACGAAGUGAACCAAUCGUCCGACUGGGAUGACCAGGGUUACGAUAGAGCAGAUUUUCGUAUGGAGUUCAGUCCAAGUCCGAAUCUCGAGGGGCCGCAAUUUCAGCCACGUGACAAUGCUUCUCGAGCAGGCAAUGCUUCAGCCAAACCACCCGCCGAGACCUCUUCGCCGCCACGUGCUAGAACAAACAACGUUUUUGCUCGACUAUUCACAGACAAUCAAGAAAAGUUCUACCUAUACGUGAUUGUAUCAGUAGCACUUGGAGUUCUAUUACUGCUGAGUUUGGUGAUCGGUCGGCUCUUGUUGAGUCGUCACCGGGCAAAACGCGACGCCAAGUUUCACGCGAACAACGAGACAUUACCCAACGGCUUCACCGAUGACAUCUCAGAGAUCGACGCGGAUAUCGAUCUCACCACUCCUGUGCCAGUUCCUAUGCAAGAUACUAGAUUGCCAGAGACACAGCUAGCCGAGCGUCUGCACGGAGAGCGUUACUAUACCGACACAAGGAUACCAUUAGCACCAAAUACUGGCACACUAAUAACGACACAUACUAUGGGUACCGGAGUACGCGUGGAUUUGGGUAAUUAUAUGGUUGGCACAGAUAGUUUACACACAAUUCUAAGAGCUGAAAGUUCACGAACUGGACUGACAGGCAACAAGACCAGUUAUUACUAUGGCUGACAGGAAGAAGGGGUCGUGUCCCGUGAAGCUGGCCGACCCCUAAGUCCAGUACCCGAGGUCACCUCACGAAAGUACUGUUUUUGAAUUAUGUAUAACUCAAAAUAUUGUACAUAUGGCGCGUCUGUUGCUAAUAGCGUGUGAAAGCGGAAGAUAAUAAUUUGACGUCAUGAUACGAUGGGAGAAUUUGUUUACUCCUUUGAUCGUACUGUUACAACAAAGAACUUUGAUUUUAAGAACAUCAAUUUUAGGCAUAUCAUUUUUUCUCGGUAUUAAUCAAUAAAUUUUAUAGGUUGAAAUUAAAUAGAUUUUUAGAAAAAUUCUUGUUUGGUAUUUUGUUUUUAGAUGAAAAAUAUUAAUGUUUUGGUAAACUUAGAUUUUCAUCGAACUACUUGAUCAAAGAAGUUUAUACGUUUCGAAUUUUAGUUAAUGAGACGGUACGAUCUAAAAUGCAGACAAUCUUAUUUUUAUGAUUAACGAGUCAAAAAGCGGUUAAAACAUUGUUAACAAAUCAGUUUGGAUUGGCAAGGAUCAUCAGGGUAGUAAAGGAAAAUUAGAAAUGCGAUGUAAAAAAUUUUGAAAUAAAGACUUUUGCAGUUAUUGGAAAAGGAAGAUGCGAGCCGUGAAGUGUGUUUGUAUUUAGUACAUAGUUAUUGCCUGGACUGACACUUCGUUUCCCUCGGCGAUUUUUGUAAAUCAGUGGAAAACUGUUCGAGAAUACUAGUAGAGCUGUAAAAAAAGCUUAAUACAUAAUUUCUAUAACAUCUAUGAAAGUUAUUCUUCGA